CAGAGAACGAAAAAGAGAGAACCUUGAAGAGCAGGAGAGACAAGGGAGGACAUCAGCGGCGUGUAGAAGGCGGCAAAAUAAAAAACAAACAUCUGGAGACAAUGUUCGAUGUCAGGGACUGAAGACAGAAAGGACCGGGAACAACUUCUACUGCAGUCUACGCAAUCGCUCUCCCAGCUGACGCAAACCGGUGGAAAAGGCGUGCACAGACGCGCGCACACACUCCCGGCUCAAAGCGCACACUUGGAGGAGCAACAUGUUUGAGGAGCAGGCGACAAAGGUCAAGAUCACGUCUGUGGUGAUCAUCGUCGGCAUGUCGGCCAUGCUGGCGGCUGUGGUGACCGACCACUGGGCCGUCCUCAGUCCCCGGGUGGAGAGGCUCAACGCCACCUGUGAGGCGGCCCACUUUGGCCUCUGGAGGCUUUGCAAGAAGAGCAUCUUCAUGGUGAAAGAGGACCCUCAAGGCAAAGGAUGUGGCCCAAUUAGCUUACCUGGAGCAAAAAACUGCUCUUACUUCAAACACUUCACAUCGGGUGAAGAAGCAGAGGUUUUUGAAGUGAAGACCCAGAAAGAGUACAAUAUCUCCGCUGCGACUAUCGCCAUCUUCAGCCUAUGCUUCAUGAUCCUGGGCACUCUGUGCACAAUCUUUUCCUUUGGAAAAGGGCGAGACUACUUGCUCCGACCUGCUGGGAUGUUCUUUGCGUUUGCAGGCCUUUGCAUUAUCAUCUCGGUUGAAGUGAUGCGUCAGUCUGUCAAGCGAAUGAUCGAUAGCGACGAGACCAUCUGGAUUGAAUACUAUUACUCCUGGUCCUUUACCUGUGCCUGCGCCUCCUUCACCCUGCUCAUCCUCAGUGGAGCUGCCCUCCUCCUUAUCUCCAUGCCCCACAUGCCUCGUAACCCCUGGGAAACCUGCAUGGACGCUGAGCCGGACACCUUGGAUUAGCCACGGGUGCUUUUACAGGAAUUGAUUGUAAACAGUUUUAAAAAGCUUGUGGUUGUGUAACUCUUAACCUUUCAACUACAUGUAGCUCAACUAAAAGUCAUUAAGUUUACUUACUUUUUUUUAUCGGUUUUCCACCUUUCUUUUCCUUUUUUCAGACAAUAUUUCCAAAUUUAACCUUCAUUAGUUUGAAUUUAUUAAUUUAAAUUAAGAGUUUUGCAAUAUCACAAUUUGUAUGGUCACAAUGACUUGGAAUUACAGUGCCUCGCAAAAGUAUUCUUAUUUACUGAACUCUUUCACACUGUGUUGUGUAAAUAUUACACAUUUCAGUGCAUUCCUGGAGAAUCAACACAAGGCAGCUGUUCUGUUAACAGGUUUGUGAGGGACCAUUGGAGCAUCAUGAAGACAGUCUUUCAACAACUCCCAAAUUACCAUUCCAUCUAUCAAAUGAAAAUAAGAAGAGUAAGGCUAAACUGCAAACUUACCAAGACAUGAUGGCCACCUAAACUGACAGAAAUGGAGAGCAUUAAUCAGAAAAGCAGCAAAGAGGCCCAUUAUAACUCUGGAGGAGCUGCAAGGAUCAAGUGGGAGAAUCUCUUCACAGGGAAGCUCUUAGUCAUGCACUUUGCAAAAAUAUAGCCAAUGUUGAUAGAAAGCCAUAGGAAAUCUCAUUUAAAGUUUGUCACAAGCCUUGUAGGGGGAAACAGCAAACAUGUAAAAGAAGGUGCUCUGGUUCGAGGACAGCAAAUCAGAAUUUUUUUUGGCAUUCAUUCAAAUUUGCACUGCGCAUCAACCUGAAUCACCAUCUCCAGCAUGAAACAUGGUGGUGCCAGCAUCAUGCUGUGGGAUGCUUUUCUUCAGCAGGGAGGGGGGCGGGGGGCCUGGUCGGAGUUAAACAUGAACGGAGCUAAACGCGGCCAAAAUCUGGUAGAAAAACUGCUAGUAGCUGCAAAUAGUUGAAACUGGAAAGGAAGUUUACCUUCCACCAGGGCAAUGAGCCAAAAUAUCAAAGCCUGUUUAUUUGUUUGGGUGACUCUUCCUUGAAGCCCUACAUCUCCAUGUGACUAGGGUUGACAUUUGUCAUUUUAACUUGGUUAUUUGCAUAAAAUCCAAAAAAAUGUUUUUAAUUUUUAUUUUUUUAUUUUAAAAAAGAAUGCACAGAAGUUUGCAGUUGCAAGGUGAGGAAAUCCUAAAAGGUAUCAAUACUUUUGCAAGGCUCUGUAUUUGCAACAUCAAUAUUUUUUUUAACUUUCCUUAAGUUCUUAAAUGAUAGGAUAGGUUAAUUUAAAGCUGUGAAUAUGAUAGCUAUGAUACUUAGUGUGGGAAAAUGUAAAUGUUUUGUACUCAUUUAACUGUAAAUGAUGCACCGGUUUCUCCCAUUGAUCAUGUUGUUCUCGUUAGAUAAAGACUUCAUUUAGACAGACUCCUUUUACCCAGUUGUUUCACGUGUUAUUAGCCACCUGCCUAAUGUGUUUCUGUGAGUCACAGUGGCCCAGCAGUCAUUCAGCUGAUGCAAGUGCAAUAAAAUUAAAGACCCCUAAAGUACACGUUUUCACAUGAACAAAACAUUUGAUAGAAAUAUUUCUCUGCUGAGGACCAUUUUACCGCAGUAACCAGAAAAAAAAAACCCAUUCCAAUAGUUAUCACAGUGUGACAGCAUUACACGGGACAUCUAAAAUGACACAAUUAAAGCACGUUCCGCAUGUCUUUUCUGCACAUUUCAAGCUAUUUAAUCACUAGAUUAAUUAAAGCUAAAUCACAGCUCAGGACGUUAAUGUUGAGGAGGUGAGAGGCCACAACUAAGCGAUGGAAACUGAAAAGGUGUCUCAUGAUGACAGGCUGAAAAUAUUGGUAAUCAUGUAUAAUUUGUAAUUAGCAUUUUUUUCAUAAGAUCAAUAUUUGUUGUUUUUUUUCCCUCAGAAGGAUCAAUAAAAACAUUUAAAUCCCCCAAACAUUUGUAUUUUUACUUGAGGGCUGGUCUCUUCUGUCACAUUAAGUCAAAUAAAUUAAAGAGUGCAAACAGAUAAUUGUGUAAGGGUUGGCAAAAUGGAGGCAUGAAUAAUCUUGGAGAAUGACAAGUUGGCUUUUGGUUUUGGCCAAUAUGUACCUUUUUGGCAAGCACUUGCAUACGUUUCUUAUAGCUCA